UAGAGAGUCGCCCGGACAAGGGGGCGUGGGCAAGCUCGCAGGGCACGCCGGGAAACUUGGUCCUCCGACACCAUCUUUCUUCGCUACCGGCGGCGGUGACCGUGGGAAAGGGCACACGCUAGAGCCAUGAAGUUCCUCAGCAAGGCGGGGUCCUUCUCGAGAUUUUAUUCCCUCAAAGUUGCCCCGAAGAUUAAAACUCCAUCCGCCCCUGCAGGAGUGCCUCUGCAGCCUGAGGACCUUGAGUUCACGAAAUUACCAAAUGGCUUGGUGAUUGCUUCUCUGGAAAACUAUGCUCCUCUAUCAAGAAUUGGCUUAUUCAUUAAAGCAGGAAGUAGAUAUGAGGACUCCAACAACUUAGGAACCUCUCAUUUACUACGUCUUGCAUCUAGUUUGACUACCAAAGGAGCAUCAUCUUUCAAGAUAACCCGUGGAAUUGAAGCAGUUGGUGGUAAAUUAAGUGUGUCAGCAACAAGGGAAAACAUGGCUUACACUAUAGAAGGCAUGCGAAAUGAUAUUGAAAUCCUGAUGGAGUUCCUGCUCAAUGUCACCACAGCACCAGAAUUUCGCCGUUGGGAAGUAGCUGCCCUUCAGUCUCAGCUAAAGAUCGACAAAGCUGUUGCCUUUCAGAAUUCACAGACUCGUGUCAUUGAAAACUUGCAUCAUGUUGCCUACAAGAAUACCUUGGCUAAUCCCUUGUAUUGUCCUGACUAUAGGGUGGGGAAAGUAACAUCAGAGGAAUUACAUUACUUUGUUCAGAACCACUUCACAAGUGCAAGAAUGGCUUUGGUUGGACUUGGUGUGAGUCAUUCUGUCCUGAAACAGGUUGCUGAACAAUUUCUCAACAUGAGGGGUGGCCUUGGUUUAGCUGGUGCAAAAGCGAAAUACCGUGGAGGUGAAAUUCGGGAGCAAAAUGGAGACAACCUGGUCCAUGCUGCUAUUGUAGCAGAAAGUGCUGCCAUUGGAAAUACAGAAGCAAAUGCAUUUAGUAUACUUCAGCAUCUUCUUGGUGCUGGACCACAUAUCAAGAGGGGCAACAAUACCACCAGCCUCCUGAGCCAGAGUGUUGCCAAAGGAAGUAAUCAGCCUUUUGAUGUUUCCGCAUUUAAUGCCAGCUACUCAGAUUCUGGGCUCUUUGGAAUUUACACUAUCUCCCAAGCUUCAGCUGCUGGUGAUGUUAUUAAGGCUGCCUACAACCAAGUAAAAGCAGUUGCUCAAGGAAACCUUUCCAGUGCAGAUGUCCAAGCUGCCAAGAACAAGCUGAAAGCUGGAUACCUCAUGUCUGUGGAGACUUCAGAGGGCUUCCUGAAUGAGAUUGGGUCACAGGCUCUAGUUGCUGACUCUUACAUGUCACCACCUACUUUCCUUCAACAAAUUGACUCUGUGACUGAUGCUGAUGUCAUAAAGGCUGCAAAAACGUUUGUCUCUGGCAAGAAGUCAAUGGCAGCAAGUGGAAACCUGGGACAUACACCUUUUCUUGAUGAGCUGUAACAAGUGCAUUCAAGUGGAGCUGGCUAAGCUUUUUCUUGGCCCAGACCAGCAAAUACAUCAAGCCAGGUCUCUUAAUUUAACAUUCAAUAUUUUUCUCAAUGAAGUACUUAAAGAACAUAAAUAUGGAUACUUAUUUCCAGCUGCCCUAGAACAAAUAAAGCAUUGUGUGUAA